AGUUCAGGCGAGCGCGAGCGCGUACCGAGGGGAAGAGGAAAACACUUCGAUCGCGUGUUGAAACAUUUUCGCGAAUCGUCAUUAGUAAAUUUAUGACUAAUGAUGAUAAAGUGAUUCAUUAAACACUAAACAUUUGGAUUAUCAACGUAUAUUACGCAGUGUAUAAAACUAUUAAACAAUAUAUGGUAAAAGAAUCUCAAUAACUGUUUUCCAACGUGAGCGGAAAACACGUGCAGAAAAUGCACGCAUGUCUCUAGAGACAGCUAUAUAAGAAGCUGGUGAUUACACCUUACGUAUUCCUUCCGAGAACUUUGUUGGAUAAGCACAAGAUGAGUACUAUCGUCGAAUUGGAAAGUUGGGUGAUUUAUCAGUGCAUCGUCAACGAGUGCAACUCAUGUCUAUGAUUUUCUCCCCCGUAUAAAGUGCAUUGUUUUAUUUACACUUUUGAUUUGAUUUGAUUCCCUAUCAAUUAUCAUAUUGGAAUGUUGGAUCCAGUUAUGAGUGAGAACGCGUUCAAGGCGCGCGACAUCGGCCUGCGCGCCCAGAAGAAGAUCUUGUCACGAAUGGCUACCAAGAAUGUGGCCAAGGCCUUUAUAGACGACAACACCUCUUCACUUUUGGAUAAUUUAUACCGGCUUGCAAAACAAUAUUCAAAUAAUAAAAAAGAAGCCGAAAAAAUAGUCAAGAAUAUAAUCAAAGUAGUCAUCAAGCUGGCGGUAACCCAGCGCAACGACCUCUUCAGUAAAGAAGAACAACGUCAAGCCGAACAGUUCAAAAACAAGUUCCGAAAGGCCGGAAUGAGUAUCGUCAGCUUCUACGAGGUGGAUCACAGCUACGAUCGCAACUUUCUGCUCACAGCACUGCAAGAGUCACACGCUUGUCUUAUUUCCGUCGUGUCGAAACACCUCACCGAGAAAUCGCUCAUGCGUAUCGAUAGCGUUUUCCAAUUUUUCGCAAAUGAAAAAUUCUUAGACACUGUCUUUGCACCCGAGUCAGAAUACCGCGAGGUUCUUGGACGAUUAGUCGAAGAUUUAAACAAAGCCAUUGAUCGAGGGAUUUAUAAAGAUAAACGCAGAUAUUUUAGUGUUUAGAGAAGUGAGUGUCAAAAGAGUCAAAAAUGUACUUAAUAUUUCGUACAUAUCGCUAUGAAACAUAUGGAAAAUUAUUUAUUCUUCAACCAAAUUGAUGCCUUGACGAAAAAAUCAACAUUCGAGGAAUACGUAGUCAAAUGUUUAGUCACUAAAACAUAGAUCUGAUCUAUCAUAGAAGUAGUCUAUGUAAAUUGUAAAUAAUUGUAUUGUUAGCGUUAAGAAAUGCAAUUGCAAACCAACCGAAUUGUACUCGUUAGAUGUAAAUGCCACUACACAGGGUUUCUAACUUUUGUAUUACAAAUAUUGGACGACAAUAAGUCUAUAACUCUAGAAAUACCAUCGACUUGUCCACAUCUCGAAUGAAUUUGCAUGUGGGAAGCAAUAAAAAUCGGUUCAAUAAUUGUUUACAUGUCUACACUCACACUUUUGCAUAUCAUUUAAGUGAAUAUUAAAUAAUACACGUAUUGGGCACAAAAUAUUAUUAUAAUAUUAUUCUAAGAGUCAAGAGUCAGGAGAAAAACGUUAAUUUCAAUUGUAACUAUUAAACUUUUUGUUAUCAACUGAUUAAAUGUAAUUUACUUCUA